AUGCACCAGCCUCCUGUCUCCCAGAACCAGAACCCUGACAUCUCCCAUGUGGGUGCCUCCUUCUUAGUGUUUGAGUGGAUCCCUCAAAUACUUUCAAACAAGACUCAAACCAACACUGUAUUGCAGCACUUGACUAAGAAUUUCAUAGACGGAAAGAACCAUACCAACUCCACCCGAGCCUUGAAAUUUCCUGAUGGGACAAGUGCCACGUGGUAUAUUCUCACCAUCUUUAGUAUAUAUGGCAUUAUAUUCUUUUUUUUGUUGGCCAGCAAUAUCCUCCAGAAUGAAAAGCACUUGGAAGAUAUUUAUUAUCCAGAUCUCACAAUCAAGCUAAAAAAAGAAAGCUCCAAGAUAAAAGCACCAAAAAUAGCUCAUUAA